CCCUGCCCUCAGACAAGCGGGGCGGAGGCACGGGACAGUGGCUGCCCGCUGGGACCGGGGAAGCGGCGCUGUCUCUGGCCGGAGGGAAGAAAGGGGUGCCGCGGAGAGGACGGAAGGAGAGGGAAUGUUUUGUUUGUUCUCAAACGCUGGAUAUGCUGGGUCAAUGAACUGUUACUCCAGGAAGCAGAGCUGAGAGGACAAACUGAGAAGACAUUAUUGUGAUGGCAAGCAGGAAUGCAACACUCUCCCAGAAGUCUCUCAUCUAGAGAAACAUGCAAGAAAGCAACCUUUGUGACUCUUUAAACCACUGACUGUAACCCGGUCCAGGUUUGUCAGUGUCUGCUGAAAAAGACUUCUAGAACUUUAAAGCAGGCUACAAGACUGUCCUCAGCAAGAUCCAAGAACUUCCCAGACUCUUUACCAGCCCUACACACAAAACAAGAUGAUUGAUCUAAGCUUCCUGACAGAGGAGGAACAAGAGGCAAUAAUGAAGGUGCUGCAACGGGAUGCAGAGCUUAAAAGAACUGAAGAAGAGAGAGUCAGGCAUUUACCAGAAAAAGUCAAAGACCAUGUUCAGCUGAAGAAUAUGAGUGGGCAGUGGUUUUAUGAGGCCAAGUCAAAGAGGCACAGGGAUAAGAUCCAUGGAGCAGAUAUUAUCAGAGCUUCCAUGCGCAGGAAACCUGCCACCAUUGCUGAAGUGGGUCACAACAAAACAAGCAAAGCAAAGAUCAGCUGGGUGAACAAUGUUAAUAAAGAAGUGUUCGUGCCACCAGAUCUACAUGGCAUUGAGGAGCAUCAAGAAGAAGAGCAACAGAAAACUAGUUGGAGUUCUAAAGAAGUAAACCCUGUGUUAAACAAGCCAGAGGAAAGACCUGUGAAGGCAGCAGUCUCAUCAGUAAGGCAAAGGAGAAAUCCAUUUAAUUCCACUGUAUCAGAUGAUAACUUGAACAGUGUGGAAUCGGAAGACAGACCAGUCAUCAUGCCUCAGCUAUCAAAGAAGGAAAUUUGGUCACUCCCAGAAGACAGCCCACCUAAAUCAAACUUACCAAAUGAUGAAACAGAUAAACCUGAGAAGCCUUCCACAGAAUUUACUGAUGAACCACAGAAGGAGCUAGCUAAGCGUCCUGUCCCAAAAGCUAGGAAACUAAUUCACAAAGCAGCAGAUUCUCAAAGAGAAGACCUUGUUCCCAAACCAACCAAGCAGACCGAGAGGGUUAAUGGCAUUGGUACCCCACCCAGGGGCAUUCUGAAGCGCAGCUCAAGCUCAAGUUCCACUGACUCAGAAGUUCGGGUCAGUCAGACGUUAGAUAUUCAGAAAAAGAAUGGUCUUGCAACUGCAACUAUUUUUGAAGGAGAAGGUGAGAAGAACUCUUUUAUAGAAGAAGCAGAAAACUCCACACAAAAUUCACUGGAAAAACUGAAACAAGUGAGGUUUUCAUCUAGCUCAGGUAAAGGAAAACCUCUGCAAAGCCCACAGCUACACCAUGGUAAAGAAAAAGGAGAGCAUGAUAUCUUAAAACUUGACAAAAAAAAGAAUAGUGAAAAUUAUGCUGUUCAAUCAGAUUCACUUGGGGAUAAGCAAAUUUCUGUUGCAAAGCCUUUGGGAACCUAUUCAUCAACUUUAAAAAUGAACACAAUAGAUGGCUUACAAGAAGACACAUCUGCAUCCAGCCCUCAUGACAGUAACAGAUCAGACUUCCCACUUAGUGAAAGCUUCCAGACAGAUACAGUUACUCCCAAGAAACAUGAAACUCCACAGAAGACCUCCAGAAAUAUCCUAUCAAAUCACAAUAAUGAACGGAGUGUUGAUGAGACACAUGAAAAAAAAUCCAACCAGAUCUUGAGCCAUGAAUCAGAGUCACACAGAAACUUUACUGAUGGACAUCAACUUUCUGCUGAAACAGAAGGACAUGAGGUGUCCAAUACCCAUUCUACAAGUCUUCAACAAGGUAAGCCUGAUCUUGUUGAGGAGAGAGAUGCUAAAACCAUUUUCAAGCCUGGCAAGCAUGCUGAUGAACUCAUGAAAGAGGACGAUGAAUCUGUGUCUAAAGUUUUAGACUGGUUUAAAAGAAGUUCUAGUACUGAAGAUGAGGAAGAUGUAUCAACAAAGUCCCAAGGCAGGGCGCCCAGAGAGGCAGUGGAUGUGUCAAUGAGAACAGCAGUUCUUCCUACAAAGCACAGUGGGCCUGGUGUGCAUGGAAAAACAGAAGAUACAGAAGAGACACCAUUUGGAAAGAUUAAACAACAGAGCAGAAUUUCAUCUACAUCCUUUACUUCAGAAAACAUACAGCUGAUAAAGGAGAGAGUGAAGCCUAAGACAGGGGAAGCAAAUGAGAAGCAAAAUGAUAAAUUGCUGACUGAAUUUGAUUGUAUGAGAGUUGAAGAAAAAGAACAUGGUCAAGAAAUCAAACAACAAAAUAAAAAAUCAAAUCUCUUGGACCAUCAAGGGCACAAGCUUCCAGCUCAGAAAUUUGAAUCAGAGAAGGCAAUACAAGAAAAAAGAAGAAUAAGGGAGAUCAGAGCAUUCUGGGAAAGGGAUAAAACUAUCCCCAGUCAUGGAGAGAAAGAAGUUAGUAUCAAUGCUGAUGUUUCAGGUGGCCAUGCAUUAACAGGUCUCAGUGAAAGUGACCAGCUAAAGAGAUCUGCAGUGUAUCUUCCCAAGGCAUUGCACAAUCCGAGCAAGAAUACAUUGAGAAGUCCUGAAGUAAGUUGUGCAAGCAGGGCUUCAAGAAACAAAAGUUACCAUUCUUUUGAAUCAGGACCAAGCCAUGCAUUUGGAAAGCCAGAAGGGACACUUCAAUCUGAUGAACUUCCAAAAGCCAGUAACUUGCAUCCCAGAGCUGGUGUCACUUCAGCUUCCUCAAAAAGCAAAGAUGAAGAUGAGAAGAAAACUCUUAAAGGGAAAGUUGCAGCUUCUUCCCAACAGAAGCCCAGCUUCCAGGUUUUGUCUUUGAAAGAAAAGAUGAAUGAAAAGUCCAAGAAUCAAAUUUUAGAUCCUUCACACUUCCAGAGUCUGAGAAACUUCUGGGAUACUGGAGUUAAAUUCCAAAGUAGCAUUGACAGGGAAGAUGAUUCUUUGCCAAAUAAUACUAGAUCAAUAACCUAUGAAAGAAAAUCAAAGGAAGAUAAAAAAGGCAGAGAUAAUGUGAGCAAGCAAGGGUUGAUUCAACAACAAACCCAAAUAUCUGAGAGAGAAAAACCAACAAAACUAGAUUCUGAGGUAUGCAAAAAGUCUUUAGGAUCUCCUAUCCUAAAAGGUCUGAAUGUGACACACACAAAAAAUACAGACUUUCUUCAGCUGGACAGACAACCAGUUAUCCCAAAAUCUCAGGAAAAGAUAGAUUUUCCAGAGCAAGAAGUUAGAGAAUGUACAGAAAAAAACAUUGUUUCAUCAAAAUAUCAUAAUGUAUCCUUGCAGCUCCAGUCACCUGGUGGUAAAGAUACUUUAAAAGAGACAGUAGUAGGUGAUAAACUAUAUUUACCUAUAGAAAAAGGGGGAAACAAGACUACUCCUUUGGAUAAAGAGGAAGUUGCAGCGACUGUGGAUAAAGUUGUUCUACCUGCAGGUUCUGAAGAAGAAUUAAACCCUGUUUUGAUGGCUUUGAAAAGGAGUGCAGAUAGGAAAAAGCCUUCCAAAAGUCUAGAGGACAUUCCAUCAGCCACCUCAAAUAAAGAAAAAAUAAAUAAACCAAAGGAAGAAUUAGUUCUUAGUGCUGAAGAUGGUCCGAAACCUGAUCAGCAUCAAGAGAGGACUGAAAAUGCAUCAGAAAUUUCCACAGUGACUUCACAGCCUGAUAAACCAUUUUCCAACCCUGAAAAACUCAAGGGACUGAGCAAGUCGGUACCAUCAUUCUUACAGGAAGAGAGUGAUGACAGAGAGACAGAUACAACAUCAGAAAGCAGUUAUUCCUUUGGCAGAAUCAAGAAGAGUCCCAGCUCUCUAACCAAUCUUAGCAGCUCUUCUGGCAUGGCCUCCUUAUCCUCUGUGAGUGGCAGCCUAAUGAGCAUCUACAGUGCAGACUUUGGCAAUGUGGAUGUGAAGGGGAACAUUCAGUUUGCCAUUGAUUAUGUGGAGCAGCUGAACGAGCUCCACAUCUUUAUUUGCCAGUGUAAAGACCUGGCAGUGGCAGAUAUUAAGCGACAGCGUUCAGACCCGUAUGUAAAGACCUACCUGCUUCCAGAGAAAUACAGACUGGGCAAACGGAAGACAUCUAUCAAAAAGAAAACUUUUAAUCCAGUCUACAAUGAAAUACUGCGGUAUAAAAUUGAGAAGGAGCUCCUAAAGAAUCAAAGCCUCAAUAUCUCUGUCUGGCACAAUGAUACCUUUGGUAGGAAUAGCUUCCUUGGUGAAGUGGAGUUGGAUUUAGGAGCUUGGGACUGGAAUGAUCCAUCCAAUAAGCAGAUCAACUGGUUUCCUCUCAAGCCAAGGACUUCAGCAAUAACACUUAAUCUAGAAAACAGAGGGGAGAUGAAACUAGCCCUCCAGUAUGUCCCACAUCCAAUUGGAGGAAAGAAGACUCUAUCUACUGGUGAGGUCCACAUCUGGGUGAAGGAAUGCCACAACCUCCCUCUUCUGAGAGGCAAUAGGCUCAACUCUUUUAUUAAAUGUACCAUUCUUCCAGACACCAGCAGAAAAAGUCGCCAGAAAACAAGGACAGUUUCAAAAACUACAAACCCGGUGUUCAACCACACCAUGGUCUAUGAUGGCUUUAGACCAGAAGAUUUGAAAGAAGCCUGCAUAGAACUCACAGUCUGGGAUCACAACAAACUAGCAAACCACUUUCUGGGAGGCCUCCGGAUAGGCCUUGGAACAGGCAAAAGCUAUGGAACUACAGUAGAUUGGAUGGAUUCUACUUCAGAAGAAACUGCCCUUUGGGAGAAGAUGAUGAACUCUCCAAACACGUGGAUAGAAGAUACACUACCUCUCAGGAUGCUUAUGGUGGCAAAAUUGACAAAAUAAGGUGGAUUUUAUUUGUUAGUAUCAAAAAGAAACCUUGGGAAUUAAGUUGAAAGCAUGGGGGUGGAACUUGGAAAAGGAACACAUUAGUAGCUUUUUUGACAGUUUCUGCUCUGUUACUGUUCUGGUUUUGUGCUGUCAAAUGCCACUUUGUAUUUCAAACAUCUGCUUGCUGAUCGUUAUGUAAAUUGUAGGGAUUUUUAAAUUUCUUAUUCACUGAAAACAACUUCAAGAAAGAAGGUGCUUACAGAAAUCAGUGUUAGAGGUAGCUGUGAUACCUGGAUUACUAUGUUGUCUAACUGAAACAUUUCUGAUCCCUUAAAUUAUCCCAAUAACCAGCAGAAAUAUAAGAGCAAGUCAACUGUUUCUGUACAUUGCUUGGAUUGUUCUUGAAGUCUUACUGGUAAGACAGCAACAUUAGUGUUAAAGUUCAUUGGUAUGUAUUUGUAUCCUCAUUAUGCCAUGUUAGAUCUCACCAGCAUGGAACAUGGGCAUGAAGAAUUUAGAUUUUUGAAAGCUCCUCUAGUUGUAAUAGUACAUUUCUAGGACAUGAAAGUUACUUCCCCAAUGAAAGAAGCAUGUCAUGAAGUGUCACUGUUGACGUCCUAUUCUACAAGGUGAAGAGGAAUUAGUUCCAAUGUACUGUAAAAAAUCAGGGUUAUAAAAGGUUUGCUUUAUACAUGUGUUAAUCAUCUUGCUAGCAUAAAAUACUUAGUCUUAAGUGCUGAAGAUGUGAAGGUGAAACUUUUUUUAUUCCAGUGCUACUCCAAAGGAUCUAAAUGUGCCAGUUUUAGUGAUGGCAAGGAUGUUGGGUAUUUAUCCUCCAAAGUGCACUUGUUUGUACCUGUAUCCAUUAGUUUGGGUUUUUUUGCAAGAAGUGAACUUACCUGUGCUUCAGUGCCGCCGUUAGGAGACUGGGAGGACUGUGGUGGGCUUUGCUUAGUUUUGAGGCAUAGGAAAUAAGACUGGAGUUUUUAACUUGUAGAAAUGCAUGCUACUGGUAGAUAAAUACGUGAAAUACAAAAUAUAUUCCUUUUGUUUCCUUUUUUUUUAAUAAAUGCAGCCUAUUUAAACUAAAUAGGAAUUCAGUUUUUAUUAAAUUCCAGUGGUUUAUGUUAGCCAUUCAGCAUGCAAUAUAACAAAAUGCAGACAGAA